UCUUGAAAGGGCCUUUCUUCGUGUUCAUCUUCAACGCUUCUCAGAAAAUUCAGAGAGAUUUGAUCAGCUCAUUGAAUUCAGCACAAAGGAUUUCGUGUAAAGUGGAUUUCCAGGUGACGGAAACUCGAUGUAAUUUGCCUAAUUUUCGCGCAUUUCAUUCUGCUCGGCGUGUUUUGAUUUGUUAAGGGCGUACACUUCCCUCCCAGUUCUGUAAAGAUUCCUCCAUUUCUGGUGUAUAUAUGCACACAUUUAUGUUUAUUCGAGCUCAUAUUGUUGAUAGAAAUUCAGGAAUAGGAGAGAUAGAUAGAGAAGGCGUCGAGAGUUAAUAGUGUUCCCCACGGAUUGCCGUCGAACUACUCCAUUGAUUUGAUUUUGGAUUUUGGAUUUAUAUCUGAUUAUUGCGUGAUUUGUUGUUUUCAAUUGGUAAUCGGAGGUGUAUUUUUGUAGUUAGUUUUUGUGUUAGGACUUAAGUUUGACUUUGGAGCAGUGGAUUGAGAUUUGAGAUGCGUAUGGUUUGAUUGAGGUAGGAUUUUGUAGUGAUGGUUGCAUCAGGGAUUGAUCCAUUGGAGUCGGUUCGGAAUUCUCUAGAAUCGAACUUUCGGAAGGUGACUAAGAAGUUUGAGCAUUGCUUUAAUGGUGCUUCAAAAUGUAGAGAAUCUAAUGUUUGUUCUAAUGGUGUCCAUAGUGAGGUGAAUAGUUGGAACAAGAGAAAAAAUAAAGGUUGUUUGAAGGUAUUAGUUGGAAUCUUCGAAGAGAAAAAUGGAAUUAUUGAUGGCAGCAAUACAGAUUUUAGUGGCAAUAGAUUAGAAUUAAAUUUAGAGUCAUCGAAUAAAGGGUUGAAACAAAGGCAUGGAAAGGGUGAUGGUGGUAAAGGGGAUAGGAAUUCCUCGAAUUCUGAUAUGCCAUUGUUGUUGUCUAUUGAUGGUUUUGUAAAAGCCUUACCGCGACUGUUCAAAACUGAGAAAAAGUCGGUUCGGGAGAUGGGGAAUGCUGAUGAUUAUGGUGGUAAAGUUUCAAACAUGAAAUCAAUGAAAGUUGUUGGAAAUGAGAAGAAAAAGUUGAAGCCGGGAGAAGGGAGAGAUACACCAUUUGAAUUCUUGAUAAGUUUUGUGGUCAAUCAAUUGAAUCAUUUGCCAAAAUUUGAAGGGAAUGAUCAGAAGAGUACAGAACAAAAGGCUGCAGGGGCUGCCGUUAAUCCAUUCGAUCAAUUUCAAACACUUUUCAGUAUUUUAGAAGAGAAAAGAGCAGAUGUGAAUGUAUUUUUGGGCAAUUUGAAUUUUGCCCGUGUUGGAGGAUUGCCAUCGAGCAUUGUUGGAGUGCCAUUGAUGAAUGAUUCAGUGGACGAGGAAAUCAAUAGUGUCGUGAAUAGUGGUAAAAGUGGGGCUAUUUCGCCACAAAAAUUGGCCAAUAGAUUGCUGAGCAUUCCAAUGUCGAAUGUUGAGCGUCUGAGAUCAACUUUGUCAACUGUCUCUUUGAUAGAAUUAAUUCAGCUUCUACCACAGAUAGGUCAACCAUUGAAAGAAGACCAUCCUGACAAGAAGAAAUUGUUCUCUGUACAGGACUUCUUCAGAUAUACCGAAGCAGAAGGAAAGAGGUUUUUUCAGGAGUUAGACAGAGAUGACGAUGGAAAAGUUACCCUGGAAGAUCUCGAAGUAGCCAUGAGAAAGAGAAAAUUGCCAACGAAAUAUGCUCGUGACUUCAUGCGCCAUGCAAGGAGUCACUUGCUCUCAAAAUCCUUUGGCUGGAAGCAGUUUCUGUUCCUGAUGGAACAGAAAGAACCCACCAUUCUUCGGGCUUAUACCAGCCUCUGUUUAAGCAAAUCCGGGAUGCUACAGAAAAGCGAAAUCUUGACAUCUCUACAGGAGGCUGGACUCCCUGCAAAUGACGAUAAUGCUGUUGCUAUGAUGCGUUUUCUGAAUGCUGAUUCAGAGGAAUCUAUAUCAUAUGGUCAUUUUCGAAAUUUCAUGCUUUUGCUUCCAUCAGACCGACUUCAAGAAGAUCCACGAAGUAUAUGGUUUGAAGCUGCUACUGUUGUGGCUGUUCCGCCACCGGUGGAAGUGCCUUCCGGAAGUGUUCUUAAAUCAGCAUUGGCGGGAGGGCUUUCUUGUGCUUUUUCUGCAGCUCUAAUGCACCCUGUUGACACAGUGAAGACACAAGUGCAAGCUUCAACCCUCAGCUUCCCGGAAAUUUUGGCCAAACUCCCUGAAAUUGGAGCACGGGGAUUGUAUAGAGGGUCUAUUCCAGCUAUAUUAGGACAAUUUGCUAGUCAUGGUCUUCGGAUGGGAAUUUUUGAAACAAGCAAAAAGUUGCUAAUGAAUGUUGCACCAACAGUUCCAGAAUUACAGGUUCAAUCGAUCGCAUCAUUUUGUAGCACCUUUCUUGGAACUGCAAUGCGUAUUCCAUGUGAGGUGUUAAAGCAGAGGUUGCAGGCAGGUAUGUUCGACACUGUUGGGGAAGCCAUAGUUGGGACUUGGCGACAGGAUGGUCCCGGGGCAUUUUUUCGUGGAACGGGUGUUACUAUCUUCCGAGAAGUUCCAUUCUAUGUUGCUGGCAUGGGAUUUUACGAGGAAUCUAAGAAGGUUGUCCGGCACCUCCUGCGACGCGAGCUGGAACCUUGGGAAACUAUUGCUGUCGGUGCAGUAACCGGCGGCCUAACUGCCGUUCUGACAACUCCAUUCGACGUAAUAAAAACAAGAAUGAUGACUACACCGGGGCGCAAUGUGUCGUUGUGGCUGAUAGCAAUCUCCGUUGUACGGCAAGAAGGGCCUCUCGGGCUGUUCAAAGGAGCCGUGCCUCGCUUCUUUUGGGUCGCGCCUUUGGGUUCGAUUAACUUCGCAGGUUAUGAACUUCUGAGAAAGGCCAUGGAUCGAAAUAUCGAGACGACGACGACGGCGGCGGACCCUCUUGUGCAGAAAUAAGCAUCCUCUUGUGCAGAAAUAGGCAUGGCUAUUUGAUGAAUGUACAUCCCUAUGUGGUUGGAUUCUUACUACAUUCGAAGCUAAUCCUCAGGUUUUUUCAAUGUUUUUUUUUUUUUUUUGGCUUCUUAGUUUUGGUCUGUAUUGUUUUGUACAUUAAUAGUUUUCUUGUCAUAUAUCUUAAGUUAGCAUAUCGAGCAGGGGAUGGCCAUUGUAUUAGGAUGAUUAGCACAUAUGAAAUAGGGUAUCGAUUCAUAUUUGUAGGCGUGUUGUAUGAAUUUAUUUAUUGGGUAAAUCAUAUAAUAUAUAUUUUUGUUUUAUUAUAAAUCACAUAAAAUACUUUGUGUUC